ACCGUCAACCUUACUCUCAUUCAUAAACGGGCAAUAGAUUCAUCAAAAAAGAAAAAAAAAAUGAAAAGAGUCGGGCAUUAGAGGUUAGGCAAUGAAAGAGAUGAUGUCUCAUAGAUGUAGAGUCUCACCAAAGCUUCCAUGGAAGGUCAGGCUUUUCGUUUCCACCAUGUCCUUUGCCGUCGAUCUCUCUCGCCGCUCCAAUUUCACAGUCAAUCGGACCCUUAUGAACCUUUUCGACUUCAAAUCCUCUGCUUCCCAAAAACCAGUCGACGGCGUUAAAUCCUCUGAUAUCGUUGUCGACACUACCUGCAACCUUUGGUUCCGCCUCUACACACCUACCAGCAGUCAUGGAGGUACUUUUCCAGUCAUAGUCUUUUUCCAUGGUGGGGGUUUUUCUUUUAUGGCUGCCAAUUCCAAGCCUUACGACGAUUUCUGUCGACGACUAGCUCGAGAGCUUUCGGCAAUUAUCAUAUCCGUCAACUACCGACUCUCACCGGAGCAUAGAUGCCCGUCCCAAUAUGAAGACGGCCUCAAAGUUUUGAAGUUCAUCGACGAGUGGGAAGGUCUUAUUCCAAUUAAUGCCAACCUGAAACACUGCUUUGUUGGUGGAGACAGCGCAGGGGGGAACUUGGCUCAUCACGCAGCUGUGAAAGCUAACGAGCACAAAUUUCACAACUUGAAGCUGAUUGGAGUUAUAGCUAUACAACCAUUUUUUGGUGGAGAAGAAAGGACUGAAUCGGAAAUCAAGUUGGACGGAGCUCCCUUGGUUACAAUGGAGCUUACAGACUGGACAUGGAAGGCGUUUUUGCCUCAAGGAUCAGACAGGGACCAUCCGGCGGCUAAUGUGUUCGGGCCUAAUGCAGUAGAUCUUGGCGACAUGAAGUUUCCGGCGACGAUUGUUUUUGUUGGAGGGUUUGAUCCGUUGCAAGAUUGGCAAAAGAGAUAUGUUGAGGGACUGAAGAAAUGUGGGAAAGAAGCGUAUUUGGUAGAGUAUCCGAAUGCCAUUCAUAGUUUUUAUGCUUAUCCUGAGCUGCCGGAGUCUUCUUGGUUCAUCGACGAGACUAGGGAUUUUGUGCAAAAGCAGAUGGCUAAUAUGUAAUUUUUAUAAUACCAGAAUUAGUCUCCCAUCAGACUAAUUAUUUUAAUAUAAAAAUAAUAAAAUAAUAAA